GUGAACCGCGCUUAUCUGUGGAAGUACAUGUGAGUUUAUUUAGCUGGACAAUUUCCAUGUGGUUCUGAUUCAAAGCUAAUCUGUAGCUAGUACUGUCCUGUAAAAAUGGGCAAAAAGGGUAAAAAAGAACAAAAGAAAGUGAAAGGAGCAGAGAAGACAGCAGCCAAAAUGGAUAAAAAGAUUUCAAAGCGGUCUAAACGAGAAGAGGAGGACCUGGCUGCGCUGAUAGCUGAGUUUCAGUCCUUGGAUGCAAAGAAGACAACAGUUGUGGAGACCGCCUGCCCGCCCCCCUCACCCAGGUUGAACGCCUCACUGUCAGCACACCCCGACAAGGAUGAGCUGAUCUUGUUUGGAGGCGAGUUCUUCAAUGGCAAAAAGACGUACCUCUACAAUGACCUGUUCUUCUAUAACAUAAAGAAAAACACCUGGGUGAAGUCAGACAUCCCCAACCCUCCUCCACGACGCUGUGCUCACCAGGCGGUGGUAGUUCCCCAGGCAGGGGGGCAGCUGUGGUUGUUUGGAGGGGAGUUUGCGUCUCCUGACGGGGAGCAGUUCUACCACUAUAAAGAUCUCUGGGUUCUUCACCUCUCCACAAACACCUGGGAGCAGAUCAAGGUUCCAGGUGCCCCCUCUGGUAGGAGUGGACAUCGUAUGGUCCUGAGUAAGAGGCAGUUGCUGGUGUUCGGAGGCUUCCACGAAAGUGCUAGGGAUUUUAUCUACUACAACGAUGUACACGCCUUCAGUCUGGACUCCUUCACCUGGAGUCGCCUCUCCCCCUCCGGCACUGGCCCCUCCCCUCGUUCAGCCUGCCAGAUGACCUCUACCCCCGAUGGCUCCGGGGUCAUCAUCUACGGAGGAUACUCCAAAGUGAAAGCUAAGAAAGAUGUGGAAAAGGGAACCAUCCACUCUGACAUGUUUCUCCUCAAGAGAGAUGGCAAAGAAGAACAAGAGAAGUGGUUGUGGUCCCGGGUGAGUCCCUCAGGCUCCAAGCCACCCGCCCGGUCGGGCUUCUCCCUGGCUGUGGGGCCCACGGGCCGGGCGCUGCUCUUCGGAGGGGUGUGUGACGAGGAGGAAGAUGAGACUCUGGAGGGGGACUUCUACAACGACCUUUACCUGUAUGACAUCAACAAGCACCGCUGGUUCCCUGCUCAGCUCAAGGGCUGUAAGUCGGAGAAGAAGAAGCGUCGACGGGGGAAGAAGGAAGGGGAGAUAGGGGAGGGGUCAGGGGAGGGUCAGGAGGAGGAAGGAGCAGCAGCACAGGGACCUGUGGAGGUCAUCAAGGAGAUCGUCACUGAAGACGGAACAGUCAUGACUAUCAAGGAAAUAAUCCCCGGGACACAGGUGGAGGAAGAGAGUGAGGAAGAGGAGGAAGGUGAGGAAGGUGCCUCGGCCAUCCUUGUCGAGCCCUGUGCUCGCUCCAGUGCCAUGGCAACAGUGAAAUAUGGGAAGCUGUAUUUGUACGGGGGCAUGUUUGAAGUGGGUGACCGCCAGUUCACCCUCAACGACCUGUACUGUCUGGACCUCCACAAGAUGGACCAGUGGGAGGUGCUGGUCGAGAUGGACCCCAAGACCCAAGAGUGGCUGGAUGACUGGUCUGAGUCAGAGGACGAUGAGGAGGGGGAUGAAGAGGAGGCUAAAGGAGGUGAUGACGAAGGGGAGGAAUCUGAAGAAGAAAGUGACGAACAGGAUGAGGAGGAUCACCCCCCAGUGCAGCCAGGUGAGGCGCUGGAAGACUUUCAGAGCCGUACAGAGCAAUACUGGGUAGGCCAGGCCCGGGCCAACAUGGGGCCAGAGGCUAAGGACACGAAGGUGCAGAAAGUGGGCAUAGCCAUGGCCAAGGUGUUCUAUGAAGACCAGCAGUGAGCCAGGGUGUAUGUGUAUCCGCCUUCUUUGUUUGUGUGUGUGUGUGUGUGUGUGUGUGUGUGUGUGUGUGUGUGUGUGUGUGUGUGUGUGUGUGUGUGUGUGUGUGUGUGUGUGUGUGUGUGUGUGUGUGUGUGUGUGUGUGUGGGACAGGUGGAGAGUGAUAGUUUGUCAUAGGGAAGAAUGAGGGUACUCAUCAGUGUUUCCCAACUCCAGUCCUCAAGU